AUGGCUACACCUCAAGAAUUACCAUCGUCGACUCAACCGGCCCCGCUUGCAGGGCCCGCAGGUUCCGUUCCAUUCAAAUUGGACGGUAAAUCCUCCACUGAAGGUUUUCCCCAAGUCCGGUUCGCCGCGGCCAACGAGCAAAUAGCACCGAAUGAAGGCUUCUCUGGUCUAUGUGAUGACAAGGCUGCACAAGAGGAUUCAAAUAAGGAACAGUCAGAUUUAGAUCAGUUAUCGAAAACUCUUCACGGAACGCAUUUGCAAGAACGUCGCAUGAGCCACUUUGCAUUCGAGCCUGUGUCUCUACCAGCUUCGAGAAUACCCUCAACUGAAGAGAACUCUCGAGAGGCUAGCCGAUAUAACACGCACAAUUCCUCGACUCGACCUUCUCCACAUCAAAGUCCUCAAACAUCAUCCAUGCAUUCUCCGCCCAUAACUCCCGCGGCCACAAGAUCGAGGGAUGCCCCAAUUGAAGCCGCAAAGGGACCUUCCCUCCAAAAUGCGGCAGUCGAAGGAGAUCCGGCGGCUGUGACUCCUCAGAUUUCACCACCUGGAACUUCACCAUCAACUACAAAUGCCGAUGCAUCUCGACCUGGAUCUUCCGGACAAAUGGUGGCUACUUCUAGUCACUUGACCGAGACAGCGCCAUCCAAGCCGCACCAUACCUUUUCAAUCGGCCCUACUGCAAACGACUCAUCUGUUCCUGUAUCUCGAGAACCUAGCCCAUUGCGUUCUGCUGCUGCAUCGACUUAUAGCAGACCCUUUACACCUGCUGGAGAUUUAGACGAUCCUUACGCCGCAUCUAGAAGAGUUCCGCAACCGAAGAACGCCGAGGCUAUUGAGUCAAGAUUCAGAUUUACUGCGAUAGGUGCAAAGAACCGACAAUCUCCAGCCUCAUCCACGACUAGCUUGCCUAGAUCAUCUAGAAGUGCGACAGAUGUGGUGAAGGCGCCAGCGCAAGUUGUGGAGAAACGUCAUACUGGUUUAUUUGGUCAUAAGAACCAUUUAACGGGCGCCCACGAUGAAAGUGCAUCAACAAUUCACAAGGCCCACGGCUCUAUGUCAGAGCUUAAGCGAUUCUUGAAAAUUGGUCAUCACAAAGGCAAGCGUGCUGGUUCUCCAACACCAUCCGCUAAAUCUGGUAAUUCAGUAAAUAAGACUCCACCAUAUGGCAAGGGUCAUCAACUUCCAUUUGGUGAAGAUCACGGGUUAACUUCGAAAUAUGGAAAGUUUGGAAAAGUCCUCGGAGCUGGAGCUGGAGGCUCUGUACGUUUGAUGAAACGAAGCAGUGAUGGUAAAACAUUUGCCGUGAAAGAAUUCCGUGCCAGACAUUCAUACGAAUCAGAAAAGGAAUACACGAAGAAAGUGACCGCCGAAUUUUGUAUCGGAUCGACUUUACAUCAUGGGAACAUCAUCGAAACAUUAGACAUUGUACAGGAGAAGGGAAAAUGGUACGAGGUUAUGGAGUAUGCGCCUUACGACCUAUUCGCCGUUGUCAUGACUGGGAAAAUGUCGAGAGAGGAGGUCACCUGCUCUUUUCUCCAGAUUCUAAGUGGUGUUACAUACUUGCACAGUAUGGGCUUAGCUCAUCGCGAUCUGAAACUCGAUAACGUGGUGGUGAACCAAUAUGGAAUCAUGAAAAUCAUCGAUUUUGGUAGUGCUAGCGUAUUCUUAUAUCCCUUUGAAGGAGACAUCACGCUGUCUAGUGGUAUUGUUGGUUCCGAUCCUUAUCUUGCUCCAGAGGUUUAUGACGAGAAAAGAUAUGAUCCUCAGCCAGCUGAUAUCUGGUCUCUCGCAAUCAUUUUCUGUUGCAUGUCUUUACGUCGUUUUCCAUGGAAAAUGCCUAGAAUAACAGAUAAUUCAUACAAGUUAUUUGCAUCUCCUCCAUCACCAGGAGCAGAAAUGCAUGAUGGAGAGGUCAUACCAUCUACAAAGCAGUCUGAUUCUGAUGCUAACCAGUCGAAAAACGGUCCCAACGGUUCCACCACUUCAGUUCCUUCCAUGCUCAAUUUAAUUGAUUCUAUUGAAGGAAAGAAGCCUCCUGAGCCUCCUAAGCCAGAAGUGAUCAAAGGACCGUGGAGACUACUCCGCCUUUUACCAAGAGAGAGUAGGAAGAUUAUCGGACUCAUGUUGAAGCUGGAUCCAAAAAAGAGAGCUACAAUGGCACAGAUACUAGACGAUCCCUGGGUGAGGGAUACAGUGAUAUGUCGUCAAGAUUCUGAUGGCAACCCAAUAUCAGCUCCAGGUCAUGUACACACCCUCGAGCCACCAUCACCACAACCUUCUACCAAAUAA